UUUAACAUGAAAUUUAUCUAGUCAUUCUUAAAGAAUCGAUUACCCUAUUUUUAACUUUACAGAACAUUAUGCAUAGCUAUGUAAAUGCUUUAUGUAUUUAUUUAUGUCAGUUGUUCAUAUCUAUGGGUACUACUCAGGCUAUCAGCAUGAAGCAAGCUAUUUUGUUCCCUGGGAGAAUCAAAGUGUCCUUCAAGAGAGGCCCAUCGGGUCAUUUACGUCGGGACCCAUCUGAAGAGGCGAGAAGGAUUAAAGACAAUCCUUCUUUGCAAGACAAGUCAACACCUCAAAGAGAAGAUGUGGUCAGGAACAAUGCCCGUUCCGUUGUAUUACAGAGGGGAGGGGAUGUUUCAGACAAGCAAGAAGUGUUAGGAGAAUACAUUCUUCAGUUUGGGAAGUACAAAGGGAAGUCCUUCCGGUGGCUAUUGGAGAAUGAUAUUGGCUACACUUUGUACUUGUCCAGUAAGGUUGAGGAGGAAGAACGGGCUGGACAGUUCAACCCAGAGGGUCCUUGCAAGGAUAGCCUCCUUUCCUUUCUUGAAUACUCAAGAAGCUUUAAGGAAAUUGAGGAUCUCCGGCGAUACCUUUCAGAGAGGCCAGACCCAGUACCAGUUUUGUCAGAGGACGACAAUGUUGUUGGAUUUGGGGCACGAGCACAAGACACCUGGAGGAAGAUCUGGAAUACUAGAGCUGAUGGGUAUGCUGCCUUUAUAAUGGGGAAGAGCUGUGUUCCAGGAAGUAAAAUGUACCGCUUGCAGCAAUAUCUUUUAAAGCAGCAAAGACAGGUGACCACAGCCCCUUCUGCUACACCUUCACCCUCACCAUCAACUCCCUCUGCACCUUCCACUUCAUGCCUUUCCUCUGAUCAUCCAGUAAUGGAGGAGGAUGAGGAACUGGAGAAGAUGAUGCUGAGUCUGUCUCCACCCAAAUGUCCUACACAGCAGAGGUCACCCACAGCCACUGCGUGUCCAGUCUUCUCUGCAGCAGGAGGUUAUUUUCCACAUCAGUUUUGGAGGCUUAUCCUAUUACCCACAGUUUUUUCCUCCAUAACUGUUUUUAAUACAUUUGUUUAUUGUUUUGGCAGUGUUCUUGCCUGUUCUAAAAAUUGCAUUCUUUUGUUCUACUAACUAAUGUUAAAGGUUGAACAUACCGGUGAUGAGGGUGAGUGCACUUCAUGAA